GUAACAUUAUGUCUAUGGGAAGAAACGUCGCGUGUGCGUGGAGGAGCGGAAGUGCGUGUGGUAAACAAGGGUCUGCAUUUAGUCCGGCUCGUGGAUUAGUUUAGUGUUUGUUCGGCGGGUUUUAUCGAUCAUCGGGUGAUCAGGUCUCCCCUAAAGUCUCUUUUCUAGAGAGACCCUGAAAACAACAAUGCCACAAGAGGAGGAGGAGAAGCAGUUGGGUCAGGAGGGGAUCGUCGACCUCGAUGAGCCCAAGAAAAUGACCAGAGAGGACUGGAGGAAGAAGAAGGAACUGGAGGAGCAGAGAAAACUGGGUAAUGCUCCUGCCGAGGUGGACGAAGAAGGAAAGGACAUCAAUCCCCACAUUCCUCAGUAUAUCGCCUCGGUUCCAUGGUACAUUGACCCCUCAAAGAGACCCACCCUCAAACAUCAGAGGCCUCAGGAGGAGAAGCAGCAGCAGUACUCAGCCAUCGGGGAGUGGUAUAAGAGAGGAGUACAGGAUCAAUCUGUCAGUACAAAGUUCAGAAAAGGAGCGUGUGAGAAUUGUGGAGCCAUGACACACAAGAAGAAGGAUUGCCUGGAGCGACCCAGAAAGGUUGGGGCCAAGUUCUCCGGGACAGGUAUUGCUCCAGAUGAGCAUCAGCAGAUCCAACUUGAUUUGGACUAUGAUGGGAAGAGAGACCGCUGGAAUGGCUAUGACCCAGAUGAACAUAUGCGCAUUGUGGAGGAGUACACUAAAGUUGACCUGGCCAAACGCACUUUAAAAGCCCAGAAGCUACAGGAGGAGUUGGCCACUGGAAAACUGAUGGACCAAACGGAGAGAGAGCACAACAGCGAGGAUGAGGACGAGGAUAAAUAUGCAGACGACAUUGACAUGCCCGGGCAGAACUUCGACUCCAAGAGACGCAUCACUGUGAGGAAUCUGAGGAUCAGAGAAGACAUUGCUAAGUAUCUGAGAAACCUGGACCCAAAUUCAGCUUACUACGACCCGAAGACCCGAGCCAUGAGGGGGAACCCAUAUUCCAACACCGGCAAAGUUCCAGAAGAAGUGGGCUAUGCUGGAGACAACUUUGCCCGCUACACUGGAGACACUAUCUCCAUGGCACAGACCCAGCUUUUUGCCUGGGAGGCGUACGAGAGGGGGUCAGACGUGCACCUGCAGGCUGAUCCAACCAAACUGGAGCUGCUGCAUCAGUCCUUCAAGGUCAAGAAGGAAGACUUCAAGGAGACACAGAAGCAGAGCAUCCUGGAGAGGUACGGAGGUCAGGAGCACCUGGACGCUCCACCCAGAGAGCUGCUGUUGGCUCAGACGGAGGACUACAUGGAGUACUCUCGGCAUGGAGCCGUCAUUAAGGGUCAGGAGAAAGCAGUGGCCCGUUCUAAAUAUGAGGAGGAUGUACUUCUAAAUAAUCACACGUGCAUCUGGGGCUCUUACUGGAAAGAUGGCUUUUGGGGUUACAAAUGCUGCCACUCAAUGGUCAAACAGAGUUACUGCACUGGAGAUGCUGGCAAGAAAACUGGGAACUCAACGUGUGUUCCGUUUGAGGAGGGCAUAGAGGAGGAAGAAGAGGAAACUCCAAAGACACUUCUAGAGAUGCACCAAGAAAAGAUGAAGGAAAAGAAGAAGAAGAACAAGAAGCACAAGAAGAAGGAUGCAGACAGCAGUGAUGAGGAAGAUGAAUCUAAGAAGAAAGAGAAGCUGAAAAAGGCACUGACUGCGGAGGACCAGCGACUAAAGCAUGUGGCAGAGAUAAUGCAGCUGGAUGAGAGGAAGAGGCCAUACAACAGCCUGAUGGAGGUUCGUGAGCCCACAGAGGAGGAGAUGGAGGCUUUCCGGAUGAAACGCACCCGGCCUGAUGACCCCAUGGCCUCCUUCCUCAGCCAGUGAGGGAGAACGGAUUCGACUCUGGGCCUUUUUUGGCUUGCUUUUUGCUGAAUUGACGCAAAUUACAUAGGUCUAUUUAGCUGAUCUGAACAUUUCUUCUUCAAAAGUGCAAAGGACUGGACUUUAUCACCUGUUUGAUCACCAGUUUGCUGAGUAUCUUUUUUUUUCUUUUUCUUUUUUUUUUGCAUUAGUUAGGGAAUCGUUAUUAACUAAGCAUGUAAAUAGACUACUGCAGAUUAUGCAGAACGUGUCAUUGUGACUUGAUGUUCCCCUUACCUGUCUCUUUUUUUUUUUGUUACAAUACACAGAUUUUAAGCGUA